UAUUUCACUUCUUGUAAUUGCCUUGUAAUGUUCACUUUUCAGGUAUGUGUAUUCUAUUUGGUUCUUCGCGCACUUGACACUGUUGAGGAUGAUACCAGCAUAGCCACAGAGGUUAAAGUACCUAUUCUGAUAGCUUUUCAUCGACACAUAUAUGAUCAUGAAUGGCAUUUUUCAUUUUUUGUUUGUUAGGUGGUACAAAUGCCUACAAGGAUCUCAUGGACCAUUUCCAUCAUGUUUCGACUGCUUUUCUGGAACUUGGGAAAAACUAUCAGGAGGUGAUUGAGGAUAUUACUAUGAGGAUGGGUGGAGGAAUGGCUAAAUUCAUAAACAAGGAGAUUGAAACAAUUGAUGAUUACGAGGAGUAUUGUCAUUAUGUAGCUGGGCUUGCAGGAUUAGGCUUGUCAAAACUUUUCCAUGCCUCUGGUAAAGAAGAUUUAGCUCCAGAUUCUCUCCCCAAUGCUGUGGGCUUAUUUCUUCAGAAAACAAAUAUCAUUAGAGAUUAUUUGGAGGACAUAAAUGAAGUACCCAAGUGUCGUAUGUUUUGGCCUCGUCAAAUUUGGAGUAAAUAUGUUAACAAACUUGAGGACUUGAAGUUCGAAGAGAACUCGGUCAAGGCAGUACAAUGUCUCAAUGACAUGAUCACUAAUGCUUUAUCACACGUGGAAGAUUGUCUAGUUUGCCUAUCCACAUUACGCGAUCCAGCUAUCCUUCGAUCCUGUGCUAUUCCACAGAUCAUGGCUGUCGGAACAUUGACAAUGUGCUACAACAACGCUGAAGUCUUCAGAGGUGCUGUAAAAAUGAGACGAGGUCUCAGUGCCAAGGUUUUUGACCAAACCAGGACAAUGGAAGAUGUAUAUGGUGCUUUUUUCCAUUUUUCUUCUAUACUGAAAUCCAAGGUUGACAAUAACGAUCCAAAUGCGACAAAUACUUUGAAGCGGAUUGAAUCAAUCAUGAAAACUUGCAGAGACUACUCUGGAACCUUGUCUAAAAGGAACAAACCUAAUUACAUACCAACUUUGAUUAUUAUCUUUUUCAUCGUAGUGGCUAUUCUUCUUGCUUACCUGUCUGCAAAAAGACCCUAGACCCUUGGUACGGAUUGGAUAUACUGUAUUUUAUUUGACCAAAUGAAGAACUUCAUAUAGGUUUUUCGUUUUUUUAUUUUAAUUCAUGCCACCCUCAUGUGGUUCAAAUGUAUGCUUUUUAUUGGUCCAACUCAACUUGAACGGAU